CGCAGGUUCCCAUUUUUGCAUUCGAUUGAAUACUGUUUUAUUUUCUUUCUUAUCCUUUUUUUUCAAUUUAGAUUUGUCGUUGGAAAAAAAAAAAAAGAUUUUAUUUUUUUCCCGACAGAGUAGCAACACCGUGUUCUUAUUAUUUUUUUGAUUAGGUGGCCGGGUCACAUUGACCAUUUAUGCAGUGAGAUCAGUGUAAAAUCCUUUUAACAUGAAAUUACCACUAGCGAUAAUGAUAUAUUAAAGUCUGGCUAAUACAGUACACGUCAUCCAGCUAAUUCACUCUUUUAUGUGAAUAUUUUACAUUUUUUGUUAUAAUCAACGCCCCCCCCCCAAAAAAAAUAAAAAAUAAAAUAAAUAUAAAUAAAAAUACAGAUAUUAUCUAAUCAUAGAAAGAAGCUGUAUUCUUAUGGCGGAGUUUAGGAAGGAGAACGGCGGCGUGGCUUCCUCACACAUCCCGGGGCAGAAGCCUCUCAAGCCGGCAGAUGAAGCUGACAGAGACGUGCAGUGUGGAGACUCGGUUUCAAACGGAGACUGUGGGGUGGGAGACAUGCUUGAUGAAUCGGGAUCUCCAUCGACCCCCUGCAGCCCAGGGAUAGACAUCGCUAACAAUACAACAACAGGGCUGGAGGGCAAACCUGGCAUCCCCCGUAGAAGCAGCAUCAUUAAGGAUGGCUCACGACAGCGACGAGAGAGAAAAAAGACGGUUUCCUUCAGCAGCAUGCCCACUGAGAAGAAAAUCAGCAGUGCUAGUGACUGUAUCAAUGCCAUGGUGGAGGGCUCGGAACUCAAAAAGGUCCGCUCGAAUUCCAGGGUCUACAAUAGGUAUUUUUUAUUAGACGCAGACAUGCAGUCGCUGAGGUGGGAGCCGUCAAAAAAGGAGUCUGAAAAAGCAAAGAUUGACAUCAAAUCUGUUAAAGAGGUGCGGACAGGAAAGAAUACUGAUAUUUUUCGCACCAAUGGAGUUUAUGAUCAAAUAUCGGAAGACUGUUCAUUUUCAAUCAUAUACGGAGAAAACUAUGAAUCACUGGACUUGGUAGCCAACUCUACAGACGUGGCGAACAUUUGGGUGACAGGGCUGAGAUACCUGAUCUCUUACGGGAAACAAACGCUGGACAUGAUUGAGAGCAGUCAAAACAGCAUGCGGACUUCAUGGCUGUCCGACCUCUUUUCAGAGACGGAUGUUAAUGGUGCUGAGCAAAUUGCUUUAGGAACCGCUGUUCAACUGAUCAAAACCUUAAACCUGGGCUUGAAGAAUGUCAAGAUAGAGCUCAAGUUCAAAGAAUUUCACAAAGCAAAAGACAACAUUGUCACUAAGGAGGAGUUCAUUGAGGUUUUUCACGAACUUUGCACCAGGCCAGAGAUCUACUUUCUCUUGGUUCAGUUCUCAAGCAAUAAAGAGUUUCUGGAUGUCAAGGACCUCAUGAUGUUUCUGGAGGCAGAGCAGGGAAUGGCUCAGGUCAACGAGGAUACCAGCCUGGAAAUAAUACAAAAAUACGAGCCGUCAAAAAAAGGCCAGGAGAAGGGCUGGCUGUCUUUGGAUGGCUUUACCAAAUACCUCAUGUCCCACGAGUGCCAUAUAUUCGACCCUGAACAUAAGAAUGUGUGCCAGGACAUGCAUCAGCCCCUGUCCCACUAUUACCUGAAUGCAUCUCACAAUACCUAUUUGAUAGAAGACCAGUUCCGGGGCCCUUCUGACAUCACAGGAUACAUACGCGCCCUCAAAAUGGGUUGCCGAAGUGUUGAGAUGGACGUCUGGGACGGUCCAGACAAUGAGCCAGUAAUAUACACGGGGCAUACCAUGAUGUCACAGAUAGUCUUCCGUAGUGUCAUUGACAUUAUCAACAAAUAUGCCUUUGUGGCGUCCGAAUACCCCUUGAUAAUCUGUUUGGAAAACCACUGCUCCAUCAAGCAGCAGAAGGUCAUGUUUCAACACCUGAAAAAGAUCCUGGGGGAUAAACUCUACACCAAGUUGCCUAAUGCAGAGGAAAGCUAUCUCCCAUCUCCUUAUGCUUUAAAAGGUAAAAUCCUACUGAAAGCCAAAAAGCUUGCGGCUAACUGCACCAGCCCAGAGGGAGAUGUGACCGAUGAAGAUGAGGGGGCAGAGAUGACUCGGAGCGGAGGUAAUGAAGCAGGGGAGCAUCCAAACGUGGUUACCCAGAAGAAAUUUCUGCUCUCCAAAGACCUUUCUGACAUGGUUAGCCUCUGUAAGUCAGUCACGUUCAAAGACUUCCAGCUGUCUUUUCAGAGUCAGAAAUACUGGGAAACCUGCUCUUUCAACGAAGUGCUUGCAACCGGCUAUGCCAAUGAACACCCAGGUGAUUUUGUCAACUACAACAAAAAGUUUCUUGCAAGGGUCUAUCCAAGCCCCAUGAGAAUAGAUUCUAGUAACAUGAACCCCCAGGAUUUCUGGAAGUGUGGCUGUCAGAUAGUGGCUAUGAAUUUUCAGACUCCAGGUUUGAUGAUGGACCUUAAUAUCGGCUGGUUCCGCCAAAAUGGCAACUGUGGCUAUGUACUCCGGCCCGCCAUCAUGAGAGAAGAGGUGUCUUAUUUCAGUGCCAACACUAAAGAUUCUGUUCCUGGUGUCUCUCCUCAGCUCCUUCACAUUAAGAUCAUCAGUGGGCAGAACUUUCCCAAGCCCAAAGGUUCAGGGUCCAAGGGAGAUGUGGUGGAUCCUUAUGUUUACGUGGAGAUCCAUGGGAUACCAGCGGACUGCGCUGAGCAAAGGACAAAAACCGUCAAUCAGAAUGGAGACAAUCCCAUUUUUGAUGAGAGCUUUGAGUUUCAGAUCAACCUGCCGGAGUUGGCCAUGGUGCGCUUUGUAGUGCUGGAUGACGAUUACAUUGGGGAUGAGUUUAUUGGACAGUAUACCAUUCCUUUCGAGUGCUUGCAGCCUGGCUUUCGCCACGUUCCCCUGCAGUCUCUAACAGGGGAGAUGUUGCCCCAUGCCUGGAUUUUUGUGCAUGUGGCCAUCACCAACCGCAGGGGAGGGGGGAAGCCACACAAACGGGGGCUGUCUGUGAGGAAGGGGAAGAAGUCCAGAGAGUAUGCCACCAUGAGGAUAUUGGUGAUUAAAGCAGUGGACGAGGUCUUCAAGAAUGCAUUGCAGCCUUUAAGAGAAGCCACAGAUCUAAGAGAGAACAUGCAGAAUGCGAUUGUGCCAUUUAAAGAGUUGUGUGGACUGUCGGCUGUGGCUAAUCUAAUGCAGUGUAUUCUGGCACUGUCAACGCUGUUCAUGAGUGGAGACAAUACUCCCUAUGUGCUAUUCAACCUCAAGGGCCAGUUCCCUACCAUGGAGCCUCAGGGGUUGAUCCCAGAGAUGCUGAAGAAGACUGUGUCUGCCUAUGAUGCUAUGAUUCAGACCAGCAGGACUCUAAUUGAAAAUGCUGAUGGGGUAUAUGAAAAGAUAAUGCAGUGCCAGAAAGCAGCCAUGGAAUUCCAUGAGAAUCUGCAUCUUAUAGCAGCGAAAGAAGGUCUGAAAGGAAGGAAACUACAAAAGGCUGUGGAGAGUUUUACUUGGAACAUCACUAUUCUGAAGGGGCAGGCAGAUCUACUGAAACACGCUAAAAUCGAGGUCCUGGAAAACCUGAAGCAGAUCCAUUAUGCCGCCCGUGACCUGAGUAAGAUUAGCAUUGGCUCUGCAGAGUCGUCAUCCAAGCCAAGGCGUAGCCUAGGAGCUAUUCCUGAAAAAAUCACUGGAGACGAGGAGCUGGCGGAUGGGGACCAUUAAGGACCAGCUUCAUUACUGGAGCCGAUUAGGAAAACUUAACAGGAAAAGCUCAACGUGCACUUAAAAAACACUUCCAACAGGGGUCCCAGAGUGGCUAAUCUGGUAGAAACGCAGCCGUGUGGUGCGCAGGGUGAGUCAUACAACGCAGGUUCACGUCCUGACUGUGCAAAGUAGCCGGUCUUCGCAGGGGACUCCAAAGGGAGCGUCGCAUUGGCUCUGGCGCUCUUGUGGGUUAGGGAGGCAAAACUGGCAGGGACUGUCUCUCUUCAUCGUACUACGCCCUGUGAACUCAAAGGCGAACACCUGCAGGGCUGGCCUUUGCCCUCCAGAGGUUGGCAGCUUGCUGACAUCCGCUCUCGAGUUCCUGGGUGGAAAAGGAAGCUGACUCGGUCAUGGGAUCGGGGGACGCCCACUGAACCUUCAGGUCUCCUGAGCUGUGUGAUGAAUUGCUGCAGUGAUGGAAAAGCAAUUGGGCCUCCAAACUGGGAGAAAAUCAGGGGGAAAUAACAAUUGGACAAACUAAAUUUAUAAAAUAAAAACAAGACAGUUGCCCAGAAUGUGUUUUUUUUUUUUUUUAAAUCCUAAAGCAUAAUAUGGAAGGUGUUGAUCAAUCUUAAAAAAAUAAAUAAAUAAAAUAAAUAGCUGGAGCUAUGAAUGUAGCACGAUGCUGUGUAGAAAACAAAACAAAAAAUGAAAAAAAGCUGUUUAUAGACAUGGACGACUCCAUGUUCUCUCUGCCAAAAUGUUUGUGUGUGUAAGGAGUUCUAACUUUACCAGUUAAUGUGAGUUUUUUCUUUGUUUAUUUCAGGUGUAUUGAGAAAAGCUGCUUUUUAAAAGAAUAUAUAAUAAUAAGAAUAAUAAUUUUAAAGAUGUCACAUUUGUCUAAGUAUAUAUAAAUAGAUAUCUAUGAUGUGAAAGACGAACCCAAAGCUGUUACCAACAAUGCCAGGUACAGCCAUGUUUUCAUUGUUUGUAUGUGGUACACUUUGUUGAGCCAUUACAAAAUAACAAAUAAAAAUACCUUAACGUAUUCACUGUGUCUCCCUACACCAGAACUAUCAGAAGAUGUGCUGUCCAAUAGAGCAGAACACAUCUAUUUAAACUAACUGCCUUGUCGAUACAGUAACAUAUUUUUUAAAGUUGUCAGAUUUCAGGUUUUUACUAAGUUCUAAACUGUAGUGAUUUUUGCCAGUCGUUUUUGUGAAGUGCUUCAUACACCACGUUUAGCAACCAAGUGAAAAUAAUAACAUGUAAAAACAAAUGCAGUACAUGUAGAACAGAAGAGAAUCAUUUACAGCAGGAAAUACUUUUGUUUUGAUCAGAUUUACAAAAUCAAAAUAAAUCUG